AUGAGCUCCGAAUCCAACUACGAAGGUGAUAACGCGCUCGAAGAGUCUAGCGAUAGCAGUUCACAACCUCGCACACGACCCUCCUCCCACCGCCAGUCUCGCACAUCAAAUACACCCCGAAAGCGGCCCCGCCUCGGAUCAUUCGACCCUUCCCGGCUCCGCAAAUAUAAUCUCAAGGGGAGAUAUAACGAUGGCUACCGCGUGCUCUUCAAUGAGGAGGUGAGCCAUGCCGUUGCGCGCUUCGAGACGGCUAGUGAGAGCUACCAGCACUACACUACGCAAAUCGGAGCCUCGAUAUGGUCCUCGAAAGAGCAGACUACCCUCUUCUCCGCCCUCGAACGGUUAGGUAGGCAUGAUAUUCCCGGCAUAGCGUCAGCAAUCGGCACGAAGAGCAUCCCUGAGACACAAGAGCUCCUUCUCUUGCUUCAAGAGGCUGCCUCCAAGCAGGGCGACGCGAAGGUGACACUCCACGAUAUUCCUGCUGCAAUCGAGGUCGGCAACAAAUGCAGCGAGCAGCUUGACCUAGCGGGCGAGGCUUUAGCUUGGUACCAGGAAACGUUUGAAGCAAGCCAGGAGCGGGAGAAGUUUGGCGACUAUUGGCUGAUCACGGCGGCAAUAGCUAACGAUAUUACGGAUGCUGUUGAUGGUCGAACAAGAGCCGUCUCCUCCGCACCAGCAAGCGAGCCAGAACCCUCGCGUAGAGGAGGCAAGAUGGUUGCAGGGUCAUGUACCGCAUGUAAGCAAUCCAAGAAAAGGUGCGAUCGAGGAGCCCCAUGUAGUAAUUGCGUGCGACGGACAAUUGGAGACUGCGUAUACGAAGAGAAACCUGCCAAGUCUGAAAAGCAAGAGGUCCACAGUCCGGACUCACUCGACCCCAAAGAUCAAGCGAGUUUACCGACACGCACUCAAUAUUCAGCAAACCACAACCUCCUCGAAGCUAUUCCAGAGGCAAACCUACUUCAGCCAGACGUUAUGCUUACGUUAUCGAAAACCCUGUUCAUGAAUCGCUCUCCUACCAUACCAUCGCCGUGGCCGCACUGGUCCGAAUAUACGUCGGAGCUUGCGGAAGAACCAGCAAUAUAUUGCAGCGCGUUCAAAGAUUUUCACACCCUGGUUGUCUCCAUCACAAAACGACUAGCGCAGACUGCCCUCAUACAAGCAACUUCCCGCCUUCGAUCUCAGCGACGACGUUUCAAGAACGGAGUUCUACCGAUGGUAAAGAGGCGGGACGUGUUGGCUGCCAUUGACCUUCUGGGCAUGAAACGGAAUGGCAGAGAGAGGUGGAGGAAUGUAGCCAGACGGUGUUCUGUUCGAGUAUAUGAAGGCAGGGAAGACUACAGAACGCACGGCAAAUAUAGAAGAGAGGUGCCCUGGGACGAAGUUGAGCGAAUGAUGAAGUCUACUGAGGCGGCAACGGAUCCUCUCACUACGGAUGCAGAGACGUCGGGUAACGAUACCGAGGCAUUCAAUUAUAGAGCUGCACGCAGUGGAACACCGCUCCCAAUGGAAAACCUCGCCCUUUCCGAUGAGGAUGAUGGCCUUGAUGGAGAGUUCAACGAGCCUAUGGAAGGAUCAGAUGAUGAUUCACUGCUAGAUGAGAGGCGACAACCUUUCACGCGCUCUGCGACCCAAGCAAGAGACCUUACCGGUCGCUACACAAGCGUACCGCCCUCUGGCGGUACUGGAGAGCUUAGCCUUGGUCUACACACGCUCGAGCAGUUUGACCAAGAAGCGAGCCGACAGGAAGAACAUGCGCUUUGGGAAAUCCUUGAACUCGAUCCAUCUAGAAAAGGGAAUGAAACGAAGAGAGACGAAGAAGUCAGUCCAGAUGACGGCGCGGACGUCAUCACUGACCCUGAUGGAUGGCGAUUAUGGACCGAAUAUCACGCAGAAUGGGAGGAGUUUCACAGAGCAGUGCCAGCGGCUAAAUUUGCUGCGCAUGAAAAUUCGAAAAGCCCCGCACCUGCAUUUCAUUCUAGCCCCUCGCAAAAAAUUAGAGGUUCUAGUGUUGACACCGAUACUUCAACGCGGGAGGCUUCGAGAAGACACGAACGGCAGACAGCAAAUAUUAUUGAGCUACGAACACAUGGCACACGGGCCUAUGCAGCUUUGCAGGAAAGAGGCUCGGAACCUUCCCAUCAAUGGCAGGACUCUGACGAGGAUGGAUCUGAGGAUGAUGACGUAGUAGCAGAUGUGCCUACGCAGUCUAUUGAAGACACACCACAGGCAUUGGACUCGGGAAUUUCAGAGGAUGAGAUGGAUUGGGCGGCAUAA